GAGUGGUCAUUGCAGUCUGCUCUGCAACAACUUCAAGUCUUCACACAGAAGUUGCCAGGAGCUACUCGAUGCGUAAAUUACAAUAAAACCGCUGCGUCGGAAACACAUCGCAGAGUGGAUGCUUUCAAAUGUACGGCUUUAUUGAAGAAAAGAGAAAUUGUUCACCAAACCGGAAGUACAUACAAACAGACCAGAAUUCUUUCCUGUGACGUAGCACUAGCUCCCGGUGCUACACGCGGGAAACAGGCGAAGCUGCUCAUCACAUUGACAAGGAUCAGUCGCCUGUAGCUGAAAUGGGAGACACGCUGGAGUUCAACGACAUUUACCAGGAGUUCAAAGGCUCGUGGAAUGAUGGGCGGCUGCGUUUCGGCAAACAAAAUGUGGUUUAUAAGAGCAGCAAAACGGGGAAGGUGGACAGCAUCCCUGCUGGAGAGCUCAACCUCGCCCAGUGGAGGCGAGUGUGUUUAGGUCACGGAAUCAAACUGGCCACCAACUCGGGACAUGUCCACAAAUAUGACGGCUUCAGGGACACGGACUUUGAGAAGAUCUCUGAGUUUUUCAAGGCUAACUACAAGGUGGAGCUGACGGAGAAGGACAUGUGUGUGAAGGGAUGGAACUGGGGAACAGCCAAGUUCUCAGGACCACUGUUAUCAUUUGAAGUAAAUGACAGUACAGCUUUCGAGGUCCCACUGUCCAACGUGUCCCAAUGCGCAACGGGGAAGAACGAAGUCACUCUGGAGUUUCACCAGAACGACGACACUGAUGUCUCCCUCAUGGAGGUCCGAUUCUACGUCCCUCCCGCCCAGGCUGAUGAACGACAAGACCCUGUGGAGGCAUUUGCAGAUAAUGUGUUGUCGAAGGCUGAUGUGAUCCAGGCCACAGGAGACGCUGUGUGUAUCUUCAAAGAGCUGCAGUGUCUUACGCCCAGAGGAAGAUACGACAUCCGUAUCUACCCGACUUUCCUUCACCUCCAUGGUAAGACGUUUGACUACAAGAUUCCCUACACCACCGUCCUCCGUCUAUUCCUGCUGCCGCACAAGGAUCAGAGGCAGAUGUUCUUUGUGAUAAGUCUGGAUCCUCCCAUUAAGCAGGGUCAGACGCGUUAUCACUUCCUCAUCCUGCUUUUCUCCAAGGAAGAGGAUCUCAGCCUCACCCUCAACAUGAGCGAGGAGGACGUGGAGCGCCGUUUUGAGGGCAAACUCAGUAAAAACAUGUCAGGGUCUUUGUACGAGAUGGUCAGCAGGGUGAUGAAGGCCCUGGUCAACCGCAAGAUCACUGUGCCCGGAAACUUCCAGGGUCACUCUGGGGUUCAGUGCAUUACCUGCUCCUACAAGGCGUCCUCGGGCCUCCUCUAUCCUCUGGAGAGGGGCUUCAUCUAUGUCCACAAGCCCCCCGUGCAUUUGCGCUUCGAGGAGAUCUCCUCUGUCAACUUCGCCCGAGGCACCACCACAACGCGAUCCUUUGACUUUGAGAUCGAGACCAAGCAGGGAAAUCAGUUCACCUUCAGCAGCAUUGAGAGAGAAGAGUACGGCAAACUGUUUGACUUUGUUAACGCCAAGAAGCUCAACAUCAAGAACAGAGGAUUCAAAGAGGGCAUGAAGGGUAAAAUUGACGAGUACAGUGACUCAGACGAGGACCAGCAUGAUGCCUACCUGGAGAGGAUGAAGGCUGAGGGCAAGAUCAGAGAGGAGGGCAACGAAAGCGAAGAAUCGGACGGCGAAAGCGAUGAGUCGUUUAACCCCGGAGAAGAAGAUGAUGAUAUUGCAGAAGAGUACGACAGCAAUGCGUCGGCGAGCGACAGCAGCGAAGACGGGGACGAUAGCGACAAUGAUGGCUCAAAGAAGAAGGUCAAGAAACCCAAAGUGGUCAAGGAGAAAAAAGAAAGGAAACCACGUAAAGAGAAAAAGCCGAGAGAAGGACCCAAGAGGCCGAUGAGCGCCUACAUGUUGUGGCUGAAUGCCAGCCGCGAGCGCAUCAAGUCUGAGAACCCCGGCAUCUCCAUCACAGAGAUUUCCAAGAAGGCUGGAGAGAUGUGGAGACAACUGGGCAAAGACGACAAGGAGGAGUGGGACACAAAGGCGGCAGAGGCGAAGAGGCAGUAUGACAAAGCAAAGAAAGAGUACAAAGAUAGCGUCGCCAGUGGCGUUGGCGGUGCCAGUAGUGGCGGUGGCGGAGCAACAUCAAGUUCCAAGAAGGAGAGUAAAAAAUCUGGAGGUAAGAAGGACGAGAAGAAGAGGAAGUCUGCUGGAGGAGACAAGGAAAAGGAGCGGGGAGGAGGCAACGACAGCUUUAAGAGUCGAGAGUUCAUCGAGACGAGCGAGGACAGUUCGUCAGACACUGACCGCAAGAGCAAGUCCAAGAAGAAGAAGAAGAAGAAGGAAUCGGAUGAAGAGAAGGAAGAGGCUGUGUCCACACCUGCCAGCUCAGAGGCAGACUCUGACUAAACAUACAACAUUUACCCAUCCGAGACAAACCAAGGACCAAGCAUUUAUAUGCUCCAUGUUGAUCUCACACAAAUGGACUGACAGACAAAUCAACAGACUUGAGUUUAAUUUUUUUUCUACGACAAGUUUUGCUUCAAGAGUACAAACACGCCUUGUGACUCCGAAAGCUUGCGUCAUAUUUGAUAUUCUAACUUGUUUUCAUCCUGACAGCUUUGUGAAAUGGUGGUAUACUGGUGUACCACUUUACCAAGAAUUCUUGAGGUUUUUUUCCUAUCUCACCCACGGGGAUGGCUGUAGUUUGGUAGUACUGAAGAAUAUAGGAGUUAUUAGUUGAUUCAAUGUCGAUAACACAGAGGAGCAGGUGUGAAGCGGUUUUGUUCUUCCAGUGUUGAGCAUUUCAAACCGCAGUUAAGUGUUUGUUUGUGUUUUUGUUAUCUUUUCAGGCUUGAAUAAAUAAAUGAUUCAUUUUUAAUAAA